UUUAUGGAUUAUUAGAAAUCACGCUUUCAAGAUGUAAAUGAAUUGGAUUAAAAAAAAAACGAGCUCUAUGUAGUUUGUCCACUCUGAACACUUCUGAUCACAGAGACUGCUUCCGUCCUCCUACUCCCUCCUCGACUCUCAUCUCAUCCUGAUGAUGCAUUGAUGCACAUGACAGUAAUGGUAGGGUUUGAAACGCCAUCGCGGCGACCAAUUAUGUUUGAAAAUGUUGAAACAUGCUGCACAGCUAUUUCUGGACUUUCCUUUCCCUGGCGUUUUGUGUGUGUGCAUGUGUGAACGUGGGAGAGAGAGAGGAGAGAAGGGGGCUGAGAUUGAGAUUGUCUUAAUUCCAUCUCUGCUAACACUUCAGUCCAUGCCUAAUCUCCCCGGCCUGUUAAAAGGUACUGCGCCUCGUGGGUGGGCUGCAGAGGACACCUUACUGCCCCUUCACAGUGUUUCAGUCUGCAAAGACACACGCGCACACUGUGUCAUAUUCUGUCUCGGAAAGGCCAUCACCUUGAGGAGCCAUGAACGGCACAGAAGGACCAAACUUUUACGUCCCCAUGUCCAACAAGACCGGCGUGGUUCGCAGCCCCUUCGAGCACCCGCAGUACUACCUGGCCGAGCCGUGGAAGUACUCCCUCCUGGCCGCGUACAUGUUCUUCCUGAUCAUCACGGCCUUCCCCAUCAACUUCCUCACCCUCCACGUCACCAUGAAACACAAGAAGCUGAGGACGCCGCUGAACUACGUGCUGCUCAACCUGGCGGUGGCCGACCUCUUCAUGGUGAUCGGGGGCUUCACGGUCACGCUCUACACGGCCCUGCACGGAUAUUUCAUCUUGGGCGUCAACGGCUGCAACGUUGAGGGAUUCUUUGCCACCAUGGGAGGGGAGAUUGCGCUCUGGUCUCUGGUGGUCUUGGCCGUCGAGCGCUACGUCGUGGUCUGCAAGCCGAUGACCAACUUCCGUUUUGGGGAGAAACACGCCCUCGCUGGCCUGGCGUUCACGUGGAUCAUGGCCCUGACCUGUGCUGCACCGCCUUUGCUCGGAUGGUCCCGGUACAUCCCAGAGGGAAUGCAGUGUUCCUGCGGGAUCGACUACUACACUCCCAAGCCCGAGUACAACAACGUUUCAUUUGUCAUCUACAUGUUUAUCCUCCACUUCUCCAUCCCCCUCUUCAUCAUCUUCUUCUGCUACAGCCGCCUGCUCUGCACCGUGCGAGCGGCCGCAGCUCAGCAGCAGGAGUCUGAAACCACACAGCGAGCGGAGCGGGAAGUGACACGCAUGGUCAUCGUCAUGGUGAUCUCCUUCCUGGUGUGCUGGGUGCCGUACGCCAGCGUGGCCUGGUACAUCUUUGCCAACCAGGGAGCCGAGUUUGGACCGGUGUUCAUGACGGCUCCGGCUUUCUUCGCAAAGAGUUCUGCUCUGUACAACCCGGUCAUUUACAUCCUGCUUAACAAACAGUUCAGAAACUGCAUGAUCACCACAGUGUGCUGCGGAAAGAACCCGUUUGGAGACGACGACGCCGCCGCCACCGUGUCCAAAACCCAGACUUCGUCCGUAUCCUCCAGCCAGGUGGCCCCAGCUUGACCUGCCGCCCUCACCCCACCCUCAGCUCCUCCUCCUCCUCCUCAAUGUCCCAUCUGUUCCUGCACAUCUAGGGACCCUCCACUGCCAAGCAGCUCUAUGUCGCAUCGACCGAAUCCUCUUGACUUACCUCUCCACGUGUAAUCGCCACACACCUUCCGCGAGACUGCCACACACUCAGAGAGCCAGCGUGUGUGUGUGUGUGUGUGUGUGUGUCAUGAAUCCGUUUAGUCAUGGGAAGUGUUCAGAUGGCUUCACAGACUUUAAAUCCAGCAUCGUGGGGGUGUUUUGUGCGCGUGACGAUGCGACUGAACACAUUCCAGACUCCUCACUGUCACACAUCUAAGAAGAUCUAAUCCACACUGCGGCUACAUGAAUCCCCCCCUCCCCCCCCCAAAAAAAUCAAUCCAGAACAAUGAAAUGUAUGAAUAUUUAGUGUAAAUGAGUCGUAGUAAUGAGUCAUAACUUUGUUGAAUAUGUUUGUAAGGCAGCGGGCACAUUAGACUGUCUGUCUGUCCGUCUUGUUGAAUUUGCGGUGAUGAAGCUGUAGUGGUUAGUUUGCUCUUAGCGUUAGAACUGAGGCGUGAGUGUAAACAGAUGGACCUGAAAAGAGUCUCUGCAGGGAGAAAGUGUGUGUGUGUGUGUGAGAGAGUGUGUGGUGAUGUACAUGUAUUUAAAUGGGUGCGAGGGUGUCAGUGUGUGUUUGCGUUAAGGAGAAAUGAGGGACACGAUGUUUGUCGAGUGUGUGUGUGUAGAAUCUUUGUCGACGUUGUUCUGUGUUCUGCAAUAAAGAGA